UAAUACGACCUGUCACCGCAUCUAGAUUUGAUAAAAGGGGGCUGAUGUGCCUCUAAGCUGGAUGAAAACCCGGAAAAGCUCGCGUGAUGUGACAUCAGGGCUCGUCUAUACGUAGGUACAGAUUGCGCGCAAAUGAAUAUAAAUCAACGACAUUGCAUACCCGCGUGAAGCAAUAUGUGACAAGAUAAUUUUGAUUGUGGAGCCAUUUCUAAGUUCCAAGGAGAAGGGACAUCCAUACCUACCUCGGUACCAAAGAUAGCUACUAGUCCUACCUCGGCGAUGAAGUUCCUCGCGUGGGCGCAACUUUUUGUCGCGGCCGCUGAAGCCGCCUUCACGUGGCAGAACGUCAAGAUCGGAGGCGGUGGCGGUUUCGUACCGGGUAUCGUCUUCCAUCCAACAGCCAAGGGAGUAGCAUAUGCUCGGACAGACAUCGGAGGUCUGUACCGGCUGAACUCGGACGAUUCGUGGACGGCGAUAACGGACGGUAUCACGGACAACGAUAAUUGGCAUAACUGGGGAGUAGAUGCCCUUGCACUUGAUCCGCAGGAUGAAAGUGUGGUCUACGCUGCUGUGGGCGCGUAUACAAAUGAUUGGGAUCCCAACCCCGGCUCUAUAAUCCGCAGCGGUGACAAAGGUGCCACAUGGAAGACCACUGCCCUUUCUUUCAAGGUCGGAGGAAAUAUGCCGGGUAGAGGAAUGGGUGAGCGUCUUGCUGUCGACCCGGCCAACUCCAAUAUCUUAUAUUUCGGUGCCCGAAGCGGUAAUGGGUUAUGGAAGAGCACGGAUGCCGGAGCCACUUUUACUAAGGUAUCUUCGUUUACGGCAGUCGGAACUUUCAUCCCGGAUCCAAACGACGUUGGAGGAUAUAAUGGCGAUAUACAAGGACUGUCUUUCGUGACCUUUGACUCUACGAGCGGCACGACAGAUGGUGCGACGAAUAGGAUCUUUGUAGGUACAGCCGACAACACGACUGCGAGUGUCUACGUAUCCGAGGAUGCAGGAGCGAAUUGGAGUCCAGUCGACGGCCAGCCCGGCACAUACUUCCCGCACAAGUGUGUUCUGCAACCGGAAGAGAAGGCCUUAUAUCUUACAUAUAGCGAUGGCACGGGACCGUAUGACGGAACUUUGGGUGCUGUGUACCGAUAUGAUCUUGCGACAAGUACUUGGAAGGACAUCACACCGGUUUCUGGUAGUGAUUUGUACUUCGGUUUCGGAGGACUUGGUGUUGAUAUGCAAAAUCCGGGGACAAUUGUUGUGGCGAGCUUGAAUUCGUGGUGGCCUGACGCACAGCUCUUCAGAUCGAACGACUCGGGUACUACUUGGUCUAACAUAUGGGCGUGGUCUAGUUACCCGGAUAUGAAUCUCUACUAUGCGCAAUCGGCCUCGAAAGCGCCCUGGAUAAAGACCGGCUUCCUCGACACUGAUACCAAACAUCUCGGAUGGAUGAUCGAGGCGUUGGUGAUUAACCCUCUCGAUAGCGAUCACUGGCUCUACGCGACUGGCCUGACUGUAUUUGGCGGCCACGACUUGACGAAGUGGGAUUCUGCUCAUAACGUAUCGAUACAGUCGCUCGCAGAUGGCAUCGAGGAGUUUGCGGUGCAGGAUCUUGCUUCACCUCCCGGAGGAAGUGAGUUAUUAGCUGCAGUAGGCGACGACAGCGGAUUCACUUUCAAGGAUGCAGCUAGUUUGAAGGUCUCUCCUAGCAUGCCCUGGAUGAACCCCAUCUGGUCGACGUCCUCGAGCGUCGACUAUGCUGGAACAUCCGUGAAUAACAUUAUUCGCAUUGGGAACUCUGCUGGAUCGCAACAGGCUGCGGUCUCAAGUGAUGGUGGGGUGACCUGGAGUAACUAUUCAGGGGCGGACACUACCUUGAGCGGCGGCACAAUAGCCUACUCCGCUAAGGGCGACACGGUACUCUGGUCGACAUCCAGUAGCGGCGUACAGCUUUCCAAAAACCAGGGCACUUUCUCAGCAACGUCUAGUCUUCCCUCAAGUGCUGUGAUUGCUUCAGAUAAGCAGAACAACACCGUAUUCUACGGCGGCUCAGCAGCUAGCUUCUAUGUUAGUACCGACGCCGGGGCUUUAUUCUCAAAAGCCGGUUCCCUCGGCAGUGCUACUGCGGUCCGCGAUAUUGCGGCCCAUCCAACCAAGGCAGGCGAAGUCUGGGUGUCGACUGAUGUUGGCGUAUUCCAUUCAACAGACUAUGGCUCUUCCUUCACUCAGCCAUCUACCACUCUCCAGAACACGUACCAAGUCGCGCUCGGGAAGGGAUCAGGUACGACAUGGAAUGUGUACGCGUUUGGCACAGGGUCUGCCGGAGCCAGGCUGUACGGCAGCGCGGAUGAUGGCGCAACUUGGACUGAUAUCCAAGGUGAUAGUCAAGGAUUUGGCUCUAUCGACAGCUGUAAACUUGCUGGCAGUGGAAACACUGCUGGGCAGGUCUACGUUGGAACAAAUGGUCGGGGAGUCUUUUAUGCGUCCGGCACGAUUUAGAAGAGGUCGAUUGCCUUUGACGCAUAGUGUUCCUUUGAAUUUACCCACCUAGGCAGUUAGCCUUAAGAAAAAUAUUUCCUUCUCCUAAUACCUAGGUAUAAAGGCAUGUUGCGUCCAAUCGGCUAGUGACCUUGUUGGUUAUGCUUUUUCAUGCGCCAAGGUCCUUUUCUAUGGUGUCGGGGCCAUCUUGUAGGGCCUCAUAUCCCCGCCACUCAACCAGUAAAACCAAGUUUAGUGAGUCGUUUGGCACGUGUGUAAGCUACAAAGGGCUUGUCGUCAUACCAUAGGCCGAGUAGGAAUAUGUACCUGUAUAUCGUGAAUCUAUUCGUUGGAAGUCUAAAGAGAUU